UGGCAACAUGAUUCUUUGCAGGCCAGCGUUACGAUCUAUAAAGCUAUCCGUGUUUUCUCAGUUGCAUUGCAUCAAGGCGACAUCAAAUAAACUACUUUCGACGAUGUCUUCUACCAAUAUCAACAAGAUUCGAACUCUAAAGCCUUUUCCCUCCCAAGCUUCGCCUGUCGACCGCGGCAGAUACACUGUUGCCACUGAGCGCCGACUAGACCUGAGUCCACCAGAUGAGCAUACCUACACCAAUGUGUGGUUUCAAACACCCGCUCUCACUAUCGACACCAUCAAACACAUUGACUCAAUUCAACUCUUCGCCGAAUCGUAUGAUCAAGGUACUCUCAAAGCCCGUUAUGUAGGCAACUGGACGUGGUUCGAGCUUGCAAUUCUGCAAGACGACAAGUCCACCAAACCUAGGAUCAAGAACGGAAUAGAACUUGUCUGGAAGAGCCACCGCAAUCGGUUUCAGACGAGUGGCUUCGACUGGGAGGCCGGUCGGGCAUUCACCGAGCACGAGGACCUCGUUCACUUACUGGAGGACGGUAACGUUGUGGCUGUCCGUAUCUGCGCAAAAUUCGACUGGAGCAAGAUCGCAGUGCGGAGCGGGUAUCUUGUCGUCGAGAUUGGCGAUGCCGAAAAUGAGCAAAAGCCAGUCCAGUAUACGAAGCUCGUCUCUGAGAUUCAGGUAAUUCAAGAGGUUCUCCAUGAGACCAAUGUGCAGACGCGGGCAGCAUUCACACCACAGAUACCAAACAAAGCUAUCACUCAAGCCGAUGCGUUUGCGACCGCAGACAAGACGCCCCUUCGUGUACUCUCUUUGGACGGAGGUGGUGUGCGUGGCAUGGCUUCUCUGCGCAUGCUAAAAGCCGUUAUGGCCAAGGUUCAUCCUGAUAAGCACCCUUAUGAGGUCUUUGAUAUGAUCGGUGGUACGAGUACCGGCGGCUUGAUCGCGAUUAUGCUGGGGCGCCUCCGCAUGAGUAUCGAUGAUUGCAUACAAAGCUACGGAGACUUCAUGGACAAGAUAUUCAGAAACGAGCAUGGUAAACUUGGAGAAGUGGCGGCAGCGGUCUUUCAAGGAUCAAAAUACGGCUCUCGUGACCUUGAAGAUGUAGUCAAGCAAAUUGUUCGCCAAAAGUUGGGAGAUGAAAAUGCAAUAUUGCUGGACGAACAGCAAGAGAAGAAAGGUGGAAAGGCCUGCAAGGUGUUCGUCAUGGCAGUCAACAGCGACGCAGCCAACAACCGUGGGCCAGUGUUCUUGCGCUCGUACAUCAAUUCACAGAACCCUUCCGAAGUUCCUGGCAUCAAGGUGUGGGAAGCUGCGCGGGCCACAUCCGCGGCGCCAACCUACUUCCCACCCAUGAAAGUGGGCCAGUACACAUUUGUUGACGGGGGACUUCAGGCGAACAACCCUCUAGGAUGGCUCUGGACCGAAGUGCUCUCGGUCUUUGGUCCUGCGCGUGCCACCGAUUGUUUCCUCAGCAUCGGUACCGGCAUACCUGCCAACCAGCCUCUCAACCAGAAGUCGAACGGUCUGAAUUACCUCGCCGUGGCUGCUAAUGUGCCCUCAAUCGCCACUAACACUCAAGUCAUGCACAUCUUAUUUCGUUGUCUGAUCAACGCCUUUGCACCAAAACCUCAAGGCAAGAAGUACUGGAGACUCAAUAUUAGUGAGGAGAUACCCGAGUGGAAGGAGAAGACACACCCAUUGUGCGAUGUCUUUGGUAUCUUCGAGAAAGAGGUUCUUCACAUGCAAGACUACAGAAAACUCGGAGAUCUUGAUGACGUCGGCUCGCUCCCAGAGCUUCUCAAGAUGACAGACAAUCACAUCAUGGCCCAGAGCAAAGAUAUCGCCGAUUGCGCAGCAGCCUUGAUGGGGACUCUGGAGAGCAAACUUUAGAGACCGUUGUGACGCCCGAGUAUGAGCCUGUAGUUUUUCGUACCUUCUGUAAUCAGUACUUGAUGACCAAGGGUCCAUUUUUCAAGACGUGGAGCAUACAUAUAAAGUUUAUCACAACUACAGUUUACGCGACUACUUUACGUGCGGGCAUCCACCUUGUUUGACCCAUAGAUAUGGUGCCAUGACACGUCAUCGUAUAGUGUUCUGUAUGUAAAAGCAAUGUUGUCAGCAGCGCCGCGGCAACGUCUACCCUUCCGCAGGG